AUGGCAGGUCUUCGCGGUGGGAUCCCUGCUGCUAUGGGUCGUGUUGCUUCUCCGCUUCAACGACUCCCUCCGCCCCUUUGGUCACCCAUUCUGGGGAUGUUGGGCUCUUUAUCUGGUGGCAGAGAGCUUCCUAGCCGCCGUUUGUGCUUCCUCUCGGACGGUCGAUGCAUGUUACAGUCUAUCCCGUUUUGGGAUCCAUGUCCUUCGCUUGUCCAUACAUUUCUCCUGUGCUGCAUCCCAGCAAUGCGAGGAUGCUAUGUUAGACUGGCUCGCAACAGAAGGACUGAUUUCGACGAAGAGCGUGCUCUUCUAUUAAGCCAAGAGACCUGCCACGACGAUCAAUCUGGUGGAAACAUAAAUUACUUGACCAUAGGACAUGACCAGUCACCUUCGGGCAACACUGAAACCAAGAGAAGAAAGAGCGGAUUCCUUGAGUCUUUGGAUACCGUUAGAUAUCUCAUCCCUUUCCUGUGGCCUAAAGGCAAAUUCCAUCUACAGCUUCUAUAUAUUGGAGUCGGUCUGUGUCUUGUUAUGGAUCGUGUACUCAAUGUGCUAGUCCCGCUGCAGCUCGGAGUGAUCACGGAUGUUCUUAGCAAAGGAGACGGAAGGCCUCCUUGGAAGGAGAUCAUGAUCUUCAUUGGUCUUCGGCUGCUUGAUUCAAGCGGCGGUGUUUCAGCUAUCCGAAGAUAUAUGUGGCUGCCUUUGGAGAACUAUUCGUACCAGAAAAUCACCACGGCGGCAUUCAACCAGAUCAUGGAUCUGUCAAGCGACUUUCAUGAUAACAAACGUUCUGGAAGUUUAUGGCAAUCAGUCGGCCGUGGUUCGUCUGUCCGACACAUCAUGCGUUCUGUUCUCUUCCAAAUUGGGCCCAUGCUGGCGGAUUUGUUUCUGGCAGUCAGCGUGCUUUACUUUCUUUUCGGUGCAUAUAUGGGGCUAAUUACUGCGGCUGUCAUAAUCGUUUUCUUGUGGUCGUCAGGAAAAAUCUUAUCCAAGCAGAAGGACAAGCGGAGGCAGUGGAUAUCCGACAUGGAGCAAGAGCACAACAUCCUGUGCGAAUCAACGACCAAUUGGCAGACAGUUUCUUAUUUCAACCGCAUUCCCUACGAGAAGUCUCGCUUCUCUUCCGCAGUGAGAGACCACAUGAGGUCCUCGAUUUCGUUCAAGCUGUGGUCUCACCUCGAAUCCAUGGUGCAGUCUACUCUCCUGGUUGCUGGACUGAUGGGGGCGUGUUCUUUAGCUGCGUAUCAAGUUGUGCAGGGCAAUAAGCCCGUUGGAAGCUUUGUUAUGUUGCUAGGCUAUUGGGCUCAGUUAUCCAGCCCACUCCAGUUUUUUGCAAGUGGGUUCUGUGAUAUUGCCCUUGACCUGGUCAAUGCCGAAGACCUGGUUGCGCUUCUCAAAAGGAAACCAGCGAUUAGAGAUCGGGACGGUGCGAGGCCCUUGAAACUGAACAAAGGGGAAAUUCAAUUUGAUGGAGUGAGGUUCUCAUACGAUGGUAGACGGGAAGUAUUGAAAGGUAUCGGUUUCGAGGCUCUAACAGGGCAAACGGUAGCCUUGGUUGGAGAAACCGGAGGCGGCAAGUCUACGAUUCUGAAACUCCUCUUCCGUUUCUAUGACCCAGCUCAGGGUUCGAUCAAAAUUGACGGUCAGGAUAUUCGUAAUGUCACUCUGGAGAGCCUCCGAGCCAACAUUGGAGUUGUUCCUCAGGAUCCAGCUCUAUUCAAUGAUUCUAUCAUGAACAAUAUCAGGUAUGCCAAGUCUUCGGCAACAGAUGAGGAGAUAUAUGAGGCAUGCAAGGCUGUCACACUUCAUGAAAAGUUUUUGAAUCUUCCAGAUGGAUAUCAGACAUUGGUUGGCGAACGAGGAAUAAAGUUAUCCGGCGGAGAGCUCCAACGGGUUGCCAUAGCUCGAGCGAUUAUCAAAGAUCCCAAAAUCGUGCUUCUGGAUGAAGCUACGAGCAGCGUGGACAGCAACACUGAGUCACAAAUCCAGCAGAGUCUAAAGACUCUCACUUCUGGGCGAACAACUAUUGUUAUUGCGUAUGUUUCCCCCAAAUUGCUUUCUUGA